AUGUUUUAUGGUAUAUAAUUAUCUGCAGGGGAAUCAUAAACUAUUCAGAAGAGAGAUGACCACAAUUAAUUUGUAUUAUCAUAAGCAGUUUUGGUUAAAGGAACCAACCUUAAUGUAUUAAUGAAUGGAAUAGUCAUAGCCUCAUUGAAUCAAAAAAUCUCCUAAAUGCCACUUAGAAUUAAGAUCACACCUGAAUAAUAACCAGCUAAGCUUGAAGCUAAAGGAAAUGGAUCUGUUCAUCUUUGUGGAUAUUACAUGCAAUUUGAAUUAGAAAAUGAAGAUGCUGAUUUACAAUCAGUGGCCCAAUUAUUAAAAUAAAGUAAUCUAGCCACUCAACCUCCAGUCCAAAAGGCACCUGCUAUUCCCAUUAAGAAAACUGAAACCUAACCAAAAUGGGAUGAAAUGGAUUGGGAAGAUGAAUAAUUCUAAAAGAGAGUUAAAUGAUAUAUAUUAAGAAUGUGUAAUAUUAAUAUGUGACACUUUAUACAUAAUUUACCCUAA